AUGUCGGUUCCAACCAACCUCCGUCUUGCUGUCUGCCUGUUCGACGACGUAACGUCCCUGGACUAUCAAGGGCCCAUUGCUCUCUUUGGUUUCCUUGAGCCAGAGGUCGUCAAAGUUUUGCCUGUAUUCAAGAAUUCAACCCCACCUAAAUACACAAUCGAGAUCACAUACCUGGCACAUACACUGGAUCCCGUGAAGUCAUCACCAGGCCCUCUUGUCGUACCGUCCAGGACAUACGACGAGAUCAAGGACGACGAGCAGUUUGAUCUUAUCUUGAUUCCUGGCGGUCCUUCCGCCCGUCCGGACGGCGUCCCCAAGGCUCUGCUCAACUUCAUUAUACGCCAAGCACCAGGUGCUAAACAUAUUCUAACCGUCUGUACCGGCUCGUGGGUUCUGGCGGGAACGGGCCUCCUCCGCGGUAAGAAAGCAACCACCAAUAAAUCUUAUUUCAACUUCGUUGUCAAAAGCACCGAAACGGAAGGCAUUGAGUGGAUACCUAAGGCACGAUUUGUUAUCAAUGAAGACGACAACCGAAAGAUCUGGACAAGCUCCGGAGUAACCGCAGGAAUGGACAUGGCCAAUGCAUUCCUCGAAUACUUGCUAGGAAAAGAGGUGACCAAAGUUAUUCGAGGAGUCAUCGAGCUGAGUGCGAAGGAAGAAGAUGAAGACGAAUUUGCAGCGUAUUACAAUCUUGUCUGA